CUAGCAGCCCACGUGCUCGGCGCGCUCGCGCCGUAGAGGGCUUCGGGCCAGCUCGGGAGAAAGGCGCGCCGCCACUUCUCUCCCGAGGGGGCUAGGGCUCGCACGGACCCUCCCGAUCCGGGCUCAUCACGGGCUGCGAAGCUGCCGGCGGCUCCCGACGUAGCGAGGACCAUGUUCCGAAAAUUUGAUGAAAAGGAGAGCAUCUCCAACUGCAUCCAGCUGAAAAGCUCAGUCAUUAAGGGCAUUAAGAAGCAACUGAUAGAUAACUUUCCAGGGAUUGAGCCAUGGCUUAAUCAAAUUAUGCCAAAGAAAGACCCAGUCAAAAUUGUCCGAUGCCAAGACCAUAUUGACAUCCUUACCGUAAAUGGAGAAUUACUGUUUUUCAGGCAAAGAGAAGGAAAUUUUUAUCCAACACUAAGAUUACUUCAUAAAUAUCCUUUUAUUCUUCCACACCAGCAAAUUGAUAAAGGAGCCAUCAAGUAUGUACUUGGUGGAGCAAACAUUAUGUGUCCAGGCUUGACCUCUCUGGGAGCCAAGCUUUUCCCUGCUGCGUGUGACACUGUUGUUGCAGUAAUGGCGGAGGGAAAACAGCAUGCACUCUGUGUUGGGGUCAUGAAGAUGUCUGCUGGAGAUAUUGAGAGCAUCAACAAAGGGACUGCUAUUGAAAAUAUCCAUUAUUUAAAUGACGGCCUUUGGCACAUGAAGACAUAUAAGUGAGCUUCCAAAGACAAGCAAGGCACUUCGUCUCAACUUAGAUGGUUUCAGCAUUCUGUUUUUACCUGUUAAUCCAUUAAAAACUUUUGUUCUGUGUUUACUGAA